GGCCACUUUCUGGGCGCCUCCUUCGCCGCAGCAGCACCUGCCCGACGGCGCGGACGGCGGAGAGAUGCUGGGACUGUCGCUGCUGCUGGGCUUCAGCACCGGCUGGCUGGCCUAUUACUGGGCGCGCGUCCCCAAGCCCCCGCUGCUGGUGGCGUGCCAGCCCUUCCGCUCCUUCCUGGAGAAAUAUUGCCCCAUCGUGAACGAGACCUUCUACCCCACGCCCUGGUGCUUCGAAGGACGGCUCCAGACCAUCGUCCGCGUCUUCCUCAAGUCCAGCCCGCCCGUCUCCUACCGCAGUGAGGUGCUGAGGACCGCAGACGGAGGCCAGCUGCUGCUGGAUUGGGCUGACGGCGAGAGUGGGCAGCACCCUGACCCAGAGAGCUGCCCCAUUGUCCUGUUCCUGCCAGGCCUGACGGGCAACAGCCAGGAGACCUACAUUCUGCACAUGGUCCUUGGCGUCCAGCAACGGGGCUACAGGGCUGUUGUGUUCAACAACCGAGGCUGCAAAGGAGAGGAGCUGCUGACCCACAGGGCUUUCUGCGCCAACGACACCGAAGACCUGGAGCUGGUGGUGGGGCACAUCAAGAGCCGCUUCCCCCGGGCCCCCCUGAUGGCGGUGGGCGUUUCGCUGGGCGGGAUCCUGGUGCUGAACUACCUGGGGCGCAAGGGCCCGGAAGCCGGACUGGUGGCCGCCAUGACGUGCUCCGUCACCUGGGACUCCUUCGAGACCACCCACUCCCUCGAAAGCCCCCUCAACCAGGUGCUCUUCAACCAGCACCUGACGGCCAACCUGCGCAAGCUCAUCCAGCGGCACAGGAAGGUCAUUGCUGAGCGAAUUGACGUGGACCACGUGCUGAAGGCGCGCAGCAUCCGGGAGUUUGACGAGCGCUACACGGCCGUGGCCUUUGGCUACAGCUCCUGCGAGGAAUACUACCAGGCCGCCAGCCCCUGCCAGAAGGUGCACAGCUUCCGGGUCCCGGUGCUGUGCCUCAACGCCUCCGACGACCCCUUUUCCCCACUUCACGCCAUCCCCGUGAAGGAAGCCCAGAGCGUCUCCACCCUGGCGCUGCUGGUGACGGCGCGAGGAGGGCACAUCGGCUUCCUGGAGGGGCUCCUGCCACGCCACCAGAGCUACAUGGACCGCGUCUUCGCCCAGUUUGCGGGGGCCGUCUUUGAGCACCAGGAGGAGCUGGCAGCCGCCGUGGCAGCCGAGCAGGAGCAGCAGCUGCAGCAGUGCCACGAACAGGGGCCGGGCACCCAGGUGGCAACCUCCUAAGCAGAACCAGGGAGGAGGAGGAGGGUCCCUGUGGCCCCCAGCGCAGGCCCUGUGAGCCCCAAAGGUGGAGGGUCUGAGCCUGUUGCCCUGCUGGGACCAGGACCGCGCAGAAUACAAGAUGGCUUUUCCAGUACCUUGGCAUGAGGCUGCUUCCAUUCUGGGCACAAAGAAAGCUGCACUUCUCUCGCCCAGAAACUUGCUUCCACUCCCCGGGAAGGAGCCCUUUCCCCUCUUUCUUUGGGGGGGGG